GGCCGCCUACCCCCACCUUACCCGCAUCAUCUCCCAUGGUGCAUUGGAGCAUGGGGACGACACCUUCAAACACUGCCCAUCCAACGUCAGACGGAUAGAAAAGUAACAUAGAUAGAGGAGCAACAGCAGAGAGUUUACAGAGUUGGUUUGGAUUGUUUGCAAGAAGUCUUACUCCCAGAUACAGAGCAUUCAACCCCACCCAACCUAGCCAUCGUCCAGCAUGACCACAGCGAGUAGCUCAGGGCAAAGCUCAUUUGGACUGAGCAGGAGGAAGAAGGCCCCUGGUCUGAUGGAUCAGAUUAGCACUUUCUUUGGAGGUGACAAAAAGAAAGGGAGCAAGGGGUCCUUCCGGGGUCAUGCCACCUCCCCCAAGCCAGUCCCUCGACGUCGGGCUAAUGAGAAUGCCGUAAUGCAUUUCUUCAGGAGCUUGAGCCCUCAGGCGACAUCCUCUCCCCAUCCCAAGUCCAGGGCCACGCCACUGCGUGCUGAUGCCACAAAGUCACCUCACAGACGCCGCAGAGACCAAGGAACACUGUCCAAAAUCUUCAACCUGUGGUGAUAUCAUGAAUCAGAGACCAAGUCCCGCCCUCCUCCCAAACGCUGGAGCACCAUCUUCUGAGCUGUCUUUAGAUGACAAAAUCAAUGAUCCAACAGAGAGGGAAAAGGAUGAAGAAGAGAAAUAAGAUAUCCAUUUGAAAGACUCAUAACAACCCUCGACAACAUUAACACACUAACACCAGCCAGUCUCCUUCGUUUGUACAUAGUGACACAAUCUUGGCACCUAAUAUUUAGCCUGCUGGGAUCACAAUAUGCAGUCUUUGAGUUCAUCAAUAGCCUUAUAAUCUUAGCUCUAAGGGAAAGUUCUUGUUUAGAUGUGUUUUUCAUAGCUUUCAGAUUGUUUUGGUAAUGCUUCAAAAUGAUUCUACUGUAACAUUUGUCUCAAAGGGCUAUUCACCUCAUCCUAGCACCGUGUUCUAAUGACGCUAGGUCUGCUAUCAAUGGGUUGUUGUUCAUGCUAUGUGUUUUUCUAUUUGUCUGCAUUUUGUAUCUGUUCUUCUAUACAUAAAAAUAUGCUUUAUAUUCCCCUUUGCUGCUUUUAGGAGCUCACACACAAUUGUGUUUUGUUUUGUAUGUUGCCAUUGAUGUGAAAUCUAGUCUGAUUAAGUGUUUGUGGGUCUUGUUAUGCAUGCAAUAGUAAAAAUUGUCUUGUGAAAAGUAUUUCAUGAAUGCAGUGUUUUUGCAUUUGAAAAUGUAAUGGGAAAAAUACCUGUACAAAUUAUAAACUAACAUUAUGUAAUAUUCUAUUGUAAUAUAACAAAAAUUACAUUUGAUUAGUUUAGUCAUAUUACGAAAGUCUUGGUUAACUUAUGCACUUAAAUAAUCAAUGUUGUGUACUGUUAUGUUGUCCAUGCCUAAUUAAACAACAACAAUUAAAACAAAUGCCCUUCCAAACUG